AUGUCAAAAAAAUACACUGCAGGCUCCAUCCAGCAUGUGCAGGUGGCCUCUUCAGUGGUGACAUCGCUCAAUCAUCUGAAGCCUCCAGAGAGGGACCUCACGCUGAUGUCUCAGAUGAAGUCUAUUAAGUCUCUGCGGCAGGCCGGCUUCACUGCAGUCUUCACUGGACAAACGGAGCUGCUGGAGGAAUUACCAAUUGUCGACGUGAUCCUGGCUGACAUCGACUCUCUGGUGCCCACUCACGAUGAAAGCGGUCGGCCCAUCGCAGAGUGGAAGCGACAGGUGAUGGUGCGACAGCUGCAGCUCAGGCUGCAGGACGAGGAGGAGCAGCGGAGACAGGACAUGGCUAACGGCUACACACCAGUGGACGGCUGGAAGUACUCACAAACCCACAACGCAGUCUUGGGGCCCUUCGGUGAGCUCCUAACAGAGGAGGAUCUGGUUUACCUGCAGCACCAGAUUGAGUCCGUUUCAAUACAGAAACGCUGCCAGGCCUAUGAGCUGGAGCUGACCAGGCUGACCGACGAGCUCAGGGCAAUUUUGCCCAAUCCCAUUGUCAACAUUUCCCUCAACAAGGAGGCUCUACAGCAGAUGGACUCUGAAGGGAAAAUGCCCCCGACCUUGCCAGUGUGGUGCACUCGAGUCUCGGAGAUUGUUAGGAGCAUGUCUCUGCUGGUGGCUAGCCUGACUCAAACCACAGAACCAGAGAGUGAGAGGAGGACAGUGGACGGCAUGAUGGAGGGGAUGCAAGGGAUAAAAGAUGGUGCAGGAGUUGAUUUAGGACAAGAAUUCAUGCAGCUGCGCCACGACACGGCCCAUGUGGAGAGCUCCGGUGGCUGCAGGAUACCGCACAUCGGGAUGGCGUCUGCUUUUAGCCAUCGCUUGGAGAGCAACAGCUACAGCAGGGCACGGAGGGAGAGGGUGGAGAAGGAGAUCCAGCAGUCUGGAGUGUCCGUAAAAAUCCUCAGAUCCAAUUUUGAGGGUCAGAUUGGGGGCAUCUAUCCAUUUGCUGGGGUCAUAACGGGAGGACAGAUAGCGAUUGGAGGAAACAACCACAAUGCCAACACAGGCCUUAGCUGUGAGGUCAGCCAACGUGGUGCUCCCCAAAAACUCGUACCUGUGAUAGAAACGACCAGCUUGAGGAAAGAGCGAAUAGUGGUGCUGUUCCUGAGCCACUGGAAGAAAUCUGCGUAUGCUAUUUCGAUGAGAGCGGCGAGGCAGAGACAGGGACUGGUCGCAACGUCAGGAGCACUGCCCCAACAGAAAAUCACCUCCAUGUUUCGGUUCUGCCAACAACGAGGUGCUGUGGACAAAAUGCUAAACUCCUGGAGGCAUAAACUAGAACUGAAAGAUAGUCAGAACUCGUGUCUGUCCUCCUCACUGCCUCAGGUGACGUACUCCCCCGAGCAGUUCCUGCCGGAUGUGGACGGUGUUGCGAUGAAGCACGACAGCUUGACCCUUGACCUCUUCAUGCUGGGUUACUUUCACAUCUUAGAGCAAGACCUGUCGCCCGAGGAGAGGAAGAUGAGGCAUCUGCUUUGCUUCGAAGUCUUCGACCACGUUGGCAGUUUCCCCUGGGAGAAGGUGCGGGACUUCCACAAGGCGGUUCUCCAGGAAAUCCAGGCUGGGAGGCGACAGUGGAGCGACGGCUUUGAGGACAUCAAAGUUCGCUUCUUUGGCGAAUCAAAACCGUGCCGCUGCCCGUCGUCAUCGUCAUCACUGGUGCCAGAUUCCAGAUUAGUACCGAAGGUUAUAGUUCAGAGUGCUACUCCGGAUGAGGGCAGCGACUCAGACUUCUCCUGCUUCAACAACGAGGACAUCUGCAAAUACAUCGACCGAAGUUUUGCCUUCUGGAAAGAGAAGGAGGCAGAGCUGUUUAAUUUUCAGCAUUAAGUUUUAUGUUUAAAUGUGGCAUCUUUGCACAGAAUGAUGUUGACGUGUUUACUUUGGCAAACCGAUAGGAGCGUAAUAAAAUUCUGUUGAGAAUGCAA